CUGCGCAACGAAAGAAGUGCAUGACGGGAAAUGUAGUUUAGCGCCGUCAAGAGGUCACAUAGGCUUCUCGUACCUUGCUUUGCAGAUUCUAAGCCAGAGAAAGUGACGUGUCAGCUCCCUGGGGCGUGUCCUGUGUGUAAGGAAGCUACUUUGAUCUCCCCUCAGAUAGAAGGGGAGGAGUAUGCAGCUGCCGGAGUCGCUUCCCCUUAGUGUGCCGCUGACGGACGUGGUCAUCUUGGAGACUAUGGAUAUACUCUUUAGAAUAAGAGGCGGUCUGGAUCUGGCAUUUCAGCUGGCCACGACUGAUGAUAAUUCAACAAAAGAGGCACUAAAAUAUGUUUUCAGUGAUCUUUCAACCAAACUGGCUUCAGAUGUACUAGUAUUCAGGAUCUGCAAUAGCUCUGUGUAUCUGUGGCCAAACAGUGGAACAAAUUCGGCUCCAGCAGAGCUUACAGAUGACUCUGCUUGCAAAGAGAUACUGCGAUUUAUUCAAUUUGAGCAAGAAGAUGAGAAUAAACAUAGGUUUUUCAAAAAGAAGGACAAAAAGUUACAGGACUCGCAGCCUAUAGUAAACAUAGAUCUUAUGCUGGAAAUGACAACUACGUUAGAAGCUCUGGCUCCUAUAAUUGAAAAGGAGAACAGAGGGCAUCACUACAUAAGCAUGACCUUGCCAGUUGAUGCUGUUGUCUCUGUGUCUCCAGAAGAAAUGUGGCGGAAUGUGAGAAGUCUCCUGGUUAAUGCAAUUCAUACACAGCUAACUGAUAUGGAAAAAUGCAUUUUGAAACAUAUGAAAGGAACAUCUGUUGUGGUGCCCGAACAAUUUCAUUUCAUGUUACCAGGGAAAAAGCACCUUGUAACAAUCUCCUAUCCUACAGGCAUUUCUGAUAACCAGCUGGAGACUUUCAGACAGGAGUUGCAUAGUCGAUUUAAUUUGCCGUUGGACAGACCUUAUUUCCGAAGGGCUAAUGCUUAUCACUUUCCAGAUGAGCCAUUCAAAGACGGGUAUCUGAGAAACCCACAUGUACAUCUCAGUCCACCUGGCAUAGAGUCUGGUAUGGUAUAUGUGGUAUAUGGCACAUAUAGCUAUCAUCAUUACAUGCAGGAUCGUAUUGAUGAUAAUGGUUGGGGCUGUGCCUAUCGUUCUCUACAGACUAUAUGUUCGUGGUUCAGGCAUCAGGGAUAUGUGGACAGAUCAGUACCUACCCACAAGGAGAUCCAACAGGCUCUAGUUGAUGUUGGAGACAAACCACCAGGUUUUGUUGGAUCACGCCAGUGGAUUGGGUCUAUUGAAGUGCAACUUGUAUUAAACCAACUACUGGGGAUAACUUCAAAAAUAUUGUUUGUUAGCCAAGGUUCUGAACUUGCUUCCCAGGGAAGAGAACUUGCUAAUCAUUUCAAGACUGAGGGAACACCAGUGAUGACUGGUGGCGGAGUCUUGGCUCACACAAUACUAGGAGUAGCGUGGAAUGAAAACACAGGACACAUAAAAUUUCUAAUCCUGGAUCCACAUUAUACUGGAGCAGAGGAUCUGCAUAUUAUAUUGGAAAAGGGUUGGUGUGGAUGGAAGGGCCCAGAUUUUUGGAACAAAGAUGCUUAUUAUAACCUGUGUCUACCUCAGCGACCAAAAACUAUUUGAAUGCCUGUUUAGAAGAUCGUGGUAUACUAUCUGUCUUAUUUAGAAAUAUAUACAUGUUUUUAAGCAAUUAUUUAUUUUCACUUAAAAUAUCAGAAUUCCAGUUGAAAUGGGCAUGCUACUCCAAUAUCCCAUGGUAUACAAAUUAAGAACAAGAUGAUGUUUUAAAUAAACAGAUUACUUACAAAAUUA